GGGGGGUCGGCGGCACGGAGCGACCGGCAAAGACACUGUAACGAUUGUUAAAAGACAUCUAGCGGUUAAUAAUCGUACAAACCAGGAGCUACUACUCAUGAUUAAAAGACGUCCAAACGAGUUCAGUUUCUCAAUAACCAUACGUAUACCUUUUUGGCCAGUGAUAUCCCUUUUAUUUGACAGGGGGCGAUAGUGAGCAUCAAUGCUCUCUUCGUUUGCAUUGAAACAGAAGAAGAAGAACAGCGGAAGUAGUGUUUCGGGCGCAUGGAGUUAUUUGUGUAAUUUUUUGGUCGUGUGAUUGAGAAAACUUACUUUUUAUUCUAUUUUACUGGAACUAUAAUUCCCUGGCUGCUUUGUAACCGGGAACCGCUUUGGUCAAGAUGGAGGCUGAUCUGUAUGAUGAGUUUGGAAACUACAUCGGUCCAGAGCUUGACUCUGAUGAUGAUGAAGAUGAUCUGGAGGCAGAGGACAGAGACAUUGACGAGGGUGACGAAGAUGACGAUGAUGAGCCUGCGGAUGCUGAUGAUGAUGUCCCGGGCAUGGAGGUGGUCCUGCAUGAGGACAAAAAAUACUACCCUACUGCGGAGGAAGUUUAUGGACCAGAGGUGGAAACUAUUGUCCAGGAGGAAGACACACAACCGCUUACAGAACCCAUCAUUAAGCCUGUGAGGCACAGGCAGUUCACUCUCAUGGAGCAGGAGUUACCUGCUACUGUUUACGACAUGGAAUUUCUUGCAGACCUGAUGGACGGUCCUGAGCUGAUCCGUAACGUCACCCUCUGUGGUCACCUUCACCAUGGCAAGACCUGCUUUGUAGAUUGCCUGAUUGAACAGACCCACCCGGAAAUCAGGAAGAGAGAUGACGUAGAUCUCCGGUACACAGACAUCCUCUUUACAGAGCAGGAGAGAGGAGUUGGCAUCAAAAGUACUCCUGUCACCAUGGUCCUGCCUGACUCCAGAGGAAAGUCGUAUCUCUUUAACAUCAUGGAUACACCAGGACAUGUGAACUUUUCAGACGAGGUUACAUCCAGCAUGAGGAUCUCCGAUGGCGUUGUCCUCUUCAUAGACGCAGCAGAAGGAGUGAUGCUGAACACGGAGCGUUUAAUCAAACACGCCGUCCAGGAGCGCAUGGCCAUCACCAUCUGCAUCAACAAGGUGGACCGGCUCAUAGUGGAGCUCAAGCUCCCUCCAACAGAUGCUUAUUACAAGCUGCGCCACAUCGUGGACGAGGUCAACGGUUUGCUCAGCACAUACUCCACAGAUGAGAACCUGGUGGUGUCUCCCCUUCUUGGAAACGUGUGCUUUGCCAGCUCCCAGUACAGCAUCUGCUUCACCCUGGGCUCCUUUGCAAAGAUCUACUCCGACACCUACGGCGACAUUAACUACAACGAGUUUUCAAAGAGGCUCUGGGGAGACAUUUACUUCAACCCCAAAACGCGCAAGUUCACAAAGAAAGCUCCCAGCAGUAACUCUCAGCGCAGCUUUGUGGAAUUUGUCCUGGAGCCUCUCUACAAGAUCCUCUCACAGGUGGUUGGAGAUUGCGACACAUCUCUCCCCCGAGUUUUGGAUGAGCUCGGUAUCCACCUGAGUAAGGAGGAGCUGAAGCUGAACAUAAGACCCCUGCUCAGGCUGGUCUGUAAUCGCUUCUUCGGGGAGUUCACCGGGUUUGUGGACAUGUGUGUGCAUCACAUUCCAUCUCCACAAGAGGGAGCAAAGACAAAGAUAGAGCACACUUACACUGGAGGUCUGGACUCCGAUUUGGGGGAAGCUAUGGUGGAGUGCGAUCCUGAUGGUCCUCUGAUGUGCCACACCACCAAGAUGUACAGCACGGAGGACGGCGUUCAGUUCCACGCCUUCGGCAGGGUGCUGAGCGGGACCAUUCAGGCCGGCCAGCCCGUCAAGGUCUUAGGAGAGAACUACACGCUGGAGGAUGAGGAGGACUCCCAGGUCUGCACGGUGGGCCGUCUCUGGAUUUCUGUGGCCAGAUACCAGAUCGAGGUGAACCGGGUGCCCGCGGGCAACUGGGUUCUCAUCGAGGGCUGCGAUCAGCCGAUAGUCAAAACCGCCACCAUCACGGAGCCCCGAGGGAACGAGGAGGCUCAGAUUUUCAGGCCCUUAAAGUUCAACACGGCUUCGGUGAUCAAGAUCGCCGUGGAGCCCGUCAACCCGUCGGAGCUGCCCAAAAUGCUGGACGGCCUGCGGAAGGUCAACAAGAGCUACCCCUCCCUCACCACAAAGGUGGAGGAGUCCGGGGAACACGUCAUCCUGGGCACGGGGGAGCUCUACCUGGACUGCGUCAUGCACGACCUGCGUAAGAUGUACUCCGAGAUCGACAUCAAGGUGGCCGACCCAGUGGUUACUUUCUGUGAAACGGUGGUGGAGACGUCGUCGCUCAAGUGUUUCGCCGAGACGCCGAACAAAAAGAAUAAGAUCACCAUGAUUGCUGAGCCCUUGGAGAAGGGACUGGCUGAAGACAUAGAGAACGAAGUGGUGCAAAUCACAUGGAACAGGAAGAAGCUGGGAGAGUUUUUCCAGACCAAGUACGACUGGGAUCUGCUGGCCGCCAGAUCCAUAUGGGCCUUCGGGCCAGACACAACAGGACCAAACAUUCUCGUGGACGACACGCUGCCUUCUGAGGUGGACAAAGCUCUCCUCGGCUCGGUCAAAGACAGCAUCGUUCAGGGCUUCCAGUGGGGCACCAGGGAGGGGCCCCUGUGCGACGAGCCCAUCCGAAAUGUCAAGUUCAAGAUCCUGGACGCUGUGAUCGCUCAGGAGCCGCUCCACAGAGGAGGGGGCCAGGUCAUCCCCACAGCCCGGAGAGUGGUGUACUCUGCCUUCCUCAUGGCCACUCCGAGGUUGAUGGAGCCGUACUACUUUGUCGAGGUUCAGGCUCCGGCUGAUUGCGUGUCCGCGGUCUACACGGUUCUAGCUCGCAGAAGGGGUCAUGUCACCCAGGAUGCUCCUAUUCCCGGCUCUCCACUCUACACGAUUAAGGCUUUCAUCCCAGCCAUCGACUCCUUCGGCUUUGAGACAGACCUUCGCACACACACACAGGGUCAGGCCUUUGCUCUGUCCGUCUUCCAUCACUGGCAGAUUGUUCCAGGUGACCCCCUGGAUAAGAGCAUCGUGAUCAGGCCCCUCGAGCCCCAGCCGGCCCCCCACCUAGCCAGAGAGUUCAUGAUCAAGACCCGAAGGCGCAAGGGUCUGAGCGAGGACGUGAGCAUCAGCAAGUUCUUCGACGAUCCCAUGUUGUUGGAGCUGGCCAAACAGGACGUGGUGCUCAAUUACCCCAUGUGAGGUCACCAGCCCCACUGCACAUUCACAGAAAGCGGAUGAUCCUUUUUCCUCUGGGUAAAAUCUGACCACAAAACAAACUCUCUGCAAAGCUAGAUCGUCAUGGUCAUUGGGUUAGCUUGUUCUGCGUCCUAAUGGAAACCUCUCAGAUAAAUAGUUAAAUGAAAAUCACAGAUACGCAGAACUAUCACAGUUUUUUUUUUCCCCUUUUUUAUACGUACAAAUGUCUAAUUUUUGUAGUGUAAGAAAACCCUGAAGUUUGCAGAAAUAAGGCCGGAUGUUGGAUCUGGUUCAUGUCUGAAUAAAGUGUGUUUUUAAUUCUUAAACGGAUGUUAAUGUUGCUUUUACUCGCCAAUAAAACUUUUUUUUU